AUGGACAGCUUUUACCCAGGUGACAAAGUGGGUGAGGUGAAUGCACAUACAGGUUUCUUGGAAAGAACACGUGACAAGGGAGAUAUGAGCUCCAAUCCAACCUUCCAAAAGAUGAAGCCAAAAGAUGGCGGCUCAAAAACUGAACAAAAUACAACAGAUUUUUCCACCAUAUAUGCACAAGAUUUGUUGCCAACUAAAAAUGAUGAAGAAAACACAAUGCAGUUUUUGAUGGAGGUUGUUGAAAUUAUCCUCAACUACAUCAGAAAAACAUUCGACAGAACGUCAAAGGUCCUGGAUUUCCAUUACCCUCACCAGCUUCUAGAAGGAUUGGAUGGUUUCAACUUAAAAGUGUCUGAUCACCCAGAACCUCUGGAGCAGCUUCUUGUUGACUGCAGAGACACUUUAAAAUAUGGAGUUAAAACAGGCCACCCACGUUUUUUCAACCAGCUCUCAACUGGGUUGGACAUCAUUGGACUAGCAGGAGAAUGGUUGACUGCUGCUGCCAACACCAACAUGUUUACAUAUGAAAUCGCUCCAGUGUUCAUCAUCAUGGAAGACAUACUUCUCAAGAAGAUGUUUGAAAUGAUUGGAUGGUCGCAGGCUGAAGCAGAUGGAGUUUUCUCACCUGGAGGGACUAUAUCAAACCUGUACAGCCAGCUGGUUGCCCGUUACAAACGUUUUCCUGAGGUCAAGACUCAAGGUGCAGCAAACCUUCCCAGGCUGGUCUUAUUUACCUCUGAGUUAAGUCAUUAUUCAAUAAAGAAGGCUGCAGCAGUCCUUGGGAUUGGAACAGACAAUGUGAUUCUGGUAAAAUGUGAUGAAAGGGAGCUUAUUCCAGCUGAAUUAGAAGCAAAAAUUUGUGCAGCCCAACAGAAGGGCUUUGUUCCAUUUUAUGUGAAUGCCACAGCUGGAACCACUGUGUAUGGGGCAUUUGACCCCCUAAGCGAGAUUGCUGACCUCUGUGAAAAGUACAGCCUUUGGAUGCAUGUCGAUGCAGCCUGGGGAGGUGGGCUCUUGAUGUCACGGAAACACUGCUAUAAGAUGAAGGGUAUUGAAAGGGCCAACUCUGUUACUUGGAAUCCACACAAAAUAAUGGGCAUUCCACUGCAGUGUUCAGCAAUCCUCAUCCAAGAAAAGGGUCUACUUCAGGGUUGUAAUAAAAUGUCUGCAGAGUACCUGUUUCAAACUGACAAGCAAUAUAACAUGUCGUAUGACACAGGGGAUAAAACAAUUCAGUGCGGCCGUCACGUGGAUGUCUUCAAGUUCUGGCUGAUGUGGAAAGCAAAGGGCACGCUGGGGUUUGAGAAACAAAUCAACAGAUGUCUGGAACUUGCAGAUUAUCUCCACAGCAAACUCAAAUGCAGAGCUGACUUUAAACUAGUCUUUGAAGAAAAGCCAGAACACACCAAUGUGUGCUUCUGGUACAUUCCACCGAGCCUCCGAGGAAUGCCAGAAAAUACAGAAAGGAACAAGAAACUUCAUCAGAUUGCUCCAAAGAUUAAAGCACAGAUGAUGGACACAGGGCUGACGAUGGUUGGUUACCAACCUCAAGGAGAUCGGGUGAAUUUCUUCCGAAUGGUCAUUUCUAAUCCAGCUACAAACAAGUCUGAUGUCGACUUCCUUAUUGACGAAAUCGUAAGACUUGGAGAGGAUUUAUAAGUUUUAUGA